UUCAGAUCGUCAUUGGCGGUUGGGAAAACUCUAAAAGCGCAAUCCGACGAAGAUAUUGCGAGCAACAAGAGAAGGACGGUCUUGCGACGCCUCAGUUCUUGAACAAAGAUGAAUACCGCGGGUUCUGGAUGAAAUGGGACAAUGGCAUCGUUCAGGUCGGGAAAAUAGAGGAAGCCAGUCCGUUCUUGUCGUGGCACGAUCCUGAUCCUUUCAAGGUCGCUUUCGUGGGAGUUCACACUGGUUUCGGGUCAACUGGCACUUGGAAGAUCGAUAAUGUCCCUUCUGAGCCAAAGAAUAUCGAUAACGAUGUGUUUACGGAAGAUAACGUGCAAUACCAAUUCUUCCCUGUGUACGGCACCUCGACAAAGUUUAAAGUGCACGCGCGAAAUGACGCCCACAUCGCUCUUGCCUCCAUACCUCGGGAAUCUGGACCCAUGUAUGAGAUCGUUAUCGGAGGAUGGUCGAACACAAAAAGCGUAAUAAGAAGGAGAAGCUGCUUCCCAUGGGAGAGAGAAGAAAUCCAAACCCCGAACAUUUUGGGCGGGAGCGAAUACCGCGGCUUCUGGGUCAGGUGGGAGAGCGCCACGAUCCUGGUGGGGCGCCAGGGCGAGGCCAAGCCCUUUAUGACUUGGCUUGAUCUGGAGCCCAUGUCGGUAUCCUAUUUCGGCGUGCAUACUGGCUUUGGAGCUACUGGCUUGUGGGAUAUUGAUAAUUUACAAAACGGCGAAGGAAGCAAAUCUUUGUUACCUACGGGAGAUAACACAGAGUAUCAGUUUUUCCAAAUAUCGGGUCGCUCAGUGAACUUCAAGGUGCGGGCAAAUAACGAUGUCCAUGUCGGUCUUUUCUCAGAACCCCGCGAAACAGACCCCAUGUAUGAGAUUGUUAUUGGAGGUUGGGGAAAUACAAAGAGCGUAAUCAGAAAGAAAUAUUGCUACCAAAAAGUUGAAAAGGACGAAGUUUCGACACCAAAUUACUUGAAUGAGUAUCAGGACCGCGGUUUCUGGGUGCGCUGGAAGAAUGGAAAAAUCUCGGUUGGACAGGAAGGCUCGAAGAGGGCGUUUAUGUCAUGGGACGAUUUGAACCCCAUACGUGUGACCCAUAUGGGAUUACACACUGGAUUUGGAUCAACUGGCACUUGGAAAAUCAAAAAUGAAUCUCGUAACAACGCUGAAGAACAGAUUGUGACUGGUGAUAGCCUCCAGUACCAGUACUUCCCGAUAUCAAGUACAUCGCUGUAUUUCAAAGUGCGGGCUCGCAACGACGUCCACGUUGGCCUUACAUCAGGGCCCCAGGACACUGACCCUAUGUAUGAGAUCGUCAUUGGUGGUUGGGCUAACUCAAAGAGCGUGAUUAGAAAAAGAUGCUGCCUACCACCUGAGAGAGAUGAAGUUCAGACUCCAGAAAUCUUAGACGACGCCGGUUUCCGUACUUUCUGGAUGAGUUGGGACAAGGGAAACGUUAUGGCUGGGCGGGAGGGAGAAACGAGCCCCUUUUUGAAGUGGCAAGACCCUGAUCCAUUCCCUGUUAGCUACUUGGGCGUGCACACCGGUUUCGGGUCUAGCGGGACUUGGAAACUCGGAUCUUCUACUAUUGAUGAUCGAGUUAGCCACAGGCCAGUAGUAAUCCCGCUUGUGCUGCCAGCGGAAACUCCGGCGCCGGCAGUGUGCGCGCCGACGCAGACGCGCCUGUUCACGGGCACCGCCUGUGCAGGGCAGGUCGUCUUCGAGGAGAACUUCGACGCCCUGCGUGAAGAUGUGUGGCAGAUCCAGCAGUACGUGCCCAUUGACCACCCUGAGCUUCCUUUCGUGUCAUACCAACGCUUCACAGUUUCCGUGAAAAAUGGGUACCUCCGCAUUACACCUGCAUUGCAGCAGGUCCAGCCUGGUUUCACUUACUACAGCUUAUAUGGCUCCUUGGAUCUAUAUAAUGGAUGUACAUCGGGACAGUCUUCUUCGUGCCAUAUAGAAGCUAGCGAUGGCGCGUCCAUCAUACCACCGGUGGUGGGAGGUCGUCUCAUCAGCAAAUCUAGUUUUGCUUUUACGUAUGGUAUCAUCAGUGUUCGAGCGAAAUUACCUCAAGGCGAUUGGAUUUAUCCAGAGAUAUUGCUAGAGCCGCUGAUAAAGAAAUAUGUGUAUGGAACUAAGAACUCGGGGAUGCUGAAGAUAGCGUGUGCACGUGGAAACUUAGAUCUCACAAAGGGCACUACUCAGUUUGGAAAUAAGGUACUAUAUAGUGGCCCCGUGAUAGACACCAAGUGUCACAACGCGCUGUUUGUCGACAAAGCAUCUAAAAACUAUUGGGGCGACGAUUUCCACGUAUACUCCGUCAAAUGGACCCCGGAGAGUUUGAUCAUGUCGGUGGAUGGUGAGGAGUACGGGCGCAUCGAGCCAGGGAGAGAUGGUCUGCGCGCGAGUCUGCCAAAGACCUGCGCUGGUCCGCAACAAACGGGCAUGGCUCCGUUUGACGACCACUUUUACAUAACCCUAGGGUUGGCAGUCGGAGGCCACACGGAGUUCCCCGACGCGUGCGUGUCCAAGGACCACAAGAAGCCGUGGAAGGACCGCGCGUCGAAGGCAACCCUGAACUUCUGGAACGACAUCGACACCUGGCACGAUACGUGGGAACUGCCAAAGCUGCUGGUCGACUACGUGAAAGUUGUUGCGUUGUGAUUCAUUAGAACUUUGGAAAGGGUUGGCCCAC